AUGAAGGUAAAAUAUGAAGGUGAAUAUAUUCAGCAAGGCAUUAAAAAUGUAGAACCUGGUUUUAGCCCAAACAUUCAGAUUUGCAGUCUCAGGAUGAGAAUAUUGAAAGGUAGUAGCAGCGUUCCUACCCACCUGUGUCUGUGCAAGUGUUUUUCUCCACCAUCCUCCUCCCUUUACAAAGCAGCAGAGGCAGCUGCCCUCCUAAGGCUGUCGCCUGUGACUGUGCAGGCCUUUCUUGUCGCUUACCUCGGUCUCACAGUCACCGCCGCCAAGGCCAGUCAGUCGCACGGCAUCCAGCAGCUCCUGCAGGCUGAGAAGCGGGCUGCUGAGGUGUCUGAGGCUCGCAAACGAAGGACCCGGAGGCGGAAGCAGGCCAAAGAAGCAGCUCAGGCUGAAAUUGAACAGCACCGCCUGCAGAGGGAAAAGGAAUUCAAGGCCAAGGAAGCUGCAGCUCUGGGAUCCCAUGGCAGUUGCAGCACUGAAGUGGAGAAGGAGACCCAGGAGAAGAUGACCAUCCUCCAGACCUACUUCCUGCCAAACAGGGAUGAAGAAGUUCUAGAUAACCUUUUGGCCUUUGUCUGUGACAUCCAGCCAGAAAUCCAUCAAAACUAUCUCAUACAUGGAUAA